AUGCGAGCGAUAGUUGAAAGACUGCCUCGCCGCGAUCUGCUGAUUGUUGCUGGCGAUUGGAAUGGUCGAACUGGACCUGACGACCCCACAACCAGUCAUCUUCUUGGCCGCUUUGGGCUUGGUUCCCGAUGUGAAAAUGGUGAGAGAUUGCUGAACUUCGCUGAUCUAAACCGCCUGCUUGUCACCAACACAUGUUUCCAGCAUCGCAAAAAACAUCUGCUGACCUGGUAUUCAAACGACGGUCGUACGGCCAGUCAGAUUGACUACAUACUAGUCAGCUCAAGGUUCCGCAGCUGGGUUCACGAUAGCAGAUCGAUGCGUGGUGCCGAGACUGGUAACGCCCAUGGGUCGGACCAUGUCCUCGUCCGUACACGCCUGAAAGUUCAUCUCUCAUCCGCACCAAAAAUGCCACGUCCUAGACGCCUCAAUGUCGCAAAAAUCCGGCAAGCCAGCACUGCCGAGGCCCUAAGCAGAGAAAUCCGGACCUGUUUUACGGCCCGAGCCGACGGAGAAGUCAGUAACCAGUGGUUGUCACUGAAGACCUCAGUCUAUGGGGCAGCUGAGGAAAUCCUUGGAUACACCCAGCGACGCCGCAGUGACUGGAUCAGCGGAAGAACCCUGCAGUUGUCUGCUCAGACGGCUAGAGCCAGGUCCCGCAACGAUGACUACUUCCGCCAAAUUCGGAAGAUGACGGCAAAAUCGGCCAGGGAUGACCGGAAACAAUAUUGGGCUGAAAUAGCGACAUCCAUGGAACAGGCCUCGAACGUUGGUGACACUCGAAAGCUCUAUCGUCUGAUCCGCCAAGUUAGCGGUAAGCCCUCUACGCUUAGUGACUCUGUUCGCGAUGUGAACGGCGGCUUUAUUGCUGACAACUCGGCCAAAGUCGAGCGCUGGCGUGAGCACUUUGAGCACCAUCUCAACUUCGACGCUCAACCUACAUCGCCCUUGUUCUCCUCCUCAGCGGAGUUUCUUCCCUCUCCUACCUAUGCAGUGCCAUGCGAUCCCCCCUCCGAGGAAGAAGUCGCCGAUGCCAUACGAAAGUUGCGCAACAGUAAGGCACCCGGAGAGGACGGUAUACCCGCUGAAAUCUCUAAGUCUUGUGUCGACACUCUGGCGCCCUGGCUCCAUGAGGUGAGUGAACGAGCGUGGAGAGACGAGAUUGUUCCUGAUGACUGGGGCUUAGGCAUCCUUGUAACUAUCCUCAAGAAGGGAGAUAAGACAAGAUGCGAGAACUACCGCGGCAUAAGUCUCAUCGACGUUACUGCGAAGGUCUUCGCUAUUGUCCUACUCAGACGAUUCCAGGCUGUGCGUGACUCAAGGACGAGGCCCAACCAAGCCGGAUUUCGUGCUGGACGUGGAUGCGCAGAUCAGAUAUUCACACUGAGGCGCAUUCUCGAAUUUCGCCAUAGCUACUAA